ACAAUUGCACUUUUUUUUUUCUUUUCAUUUUUUGGAUAAGUAAGACUAUGACAUAUAUUUCUUCUAUAAACAUGAAAGAAAUACUUGAUGACAGUAAAUAGAACAAAAACAUGAAUGCAUUAGAAGUUUGUGUCAUCUUGGAAAUAGUCUGUGAAAUGAGAACUGCCAAAAUUUCAGAAAGGAGUAUGCUACUCGAGUUUUGAAUGGUAGGGUAGAGUGUCACUUUCAUAUUAGUCAUUUUGUGUCUUGUUUCAGCUUAAUUAGCUUUUUCCUCUUGAGAUGGAUUGAAUUAUAUAGUAUCAAUAAGGAAUGUAUAUAUCUUCCCCUCAUUGAAGAUGAUGGCUCACCACUCUUUUCUUUUUAAUUUCUUUUAUCUAUUUAUUAAUUUGAUGUUGAACUGCACAAACUGAUAUGGUAAAUUGAACAAUUUCUUAGAAUAAAUGCAAUAAAUUACUGGAAGAAGACAUGGCUUAAAUCUAUGCCUUACACAGUACAUAAAUUAGCAACCGACGUUGCUCGGUACAGAUUACUCAAGAAAGACUUUUUGUUUCCUUUUGAGUCACAAUGUUGUGUUAACAUCCCAGUUCUGAUUAGGAUGUCUCGAGAAGAUUAACAAGGCUUGAUCUCACUUGAAUGUUCCUUCUUUCUUCUGUUCCAAUGAUAAGAAUAUACUCCCUGUGUCUCAAUUGAAGUGUCUUAGUUUCACUUUAAGGAAUAAAAAGAGAUUUUUGAAUCUUGUGGUCCUAUAUUAGAGAUGUGUGUAAUGUACUAAAAUAUCCUUUGAAUCUUGUGGUGUUAAACUUGUCAUGUAGGAUGUUUAAAUUGUCAACUUACUAAAUAUAGAUACUUUUUUAGGACAUACCAAAAAGGAAAGUAAGACACUUAAACUGGGACGGAUGAAGUAGCAGAUAGUGCAAACAAUCCAAUGUCCCAAAGAUUUUACUCUUCUCUUUGGCCAAGUAAAUGUCCUAUGUUUACGUUGUGAACCAAAGUACCAAACUUCUUAAAAUUCAUGACGAAGUGACAUCUACUCUGGUGCAGGCCUCAAAUAACUACGACAACCGAGAUCAUACAUCAUGGCAGAUGAUAUGGCUGAUGAUGAACCAAAUCCCCUUGGAAGGUGUUCUGUCUUUACAUAUGGAGUGGGGCACAUGUUGAAUGAUAUAACAUCUGCCUGUUGGUAUACAUAUCUCUUGCUCUACUUGACAGCUAUUGGAUUGUCCCCAAGCAAUGCCGCAACAGUCACACUUACUGGCCAAUUUGCUGAUGCAAUUACAACCAUAAUAGCUGGUGAACUGAUAGACAGGUUUGGUCAUUUCAAAAUAUGGCAUGGCACGGGAUGCCUGUUAGUUGCUCUAUCUUUUACAUCACUCUUCGGUGGUUGCCUCCCUUGCAAAAUUGUUGGAUCUGAUUCACCUGUUGUUCAAACUAUUGGUUACUGCAUAUCCGCAGUUAUUUUCUGCAGCGGAUGGUCUUGCACUCAAAUAUCACACAUGUCAAUGGUGAAUGGUGUCACACUAAACCCAACAAGCAGAGUAGCAUGUGUUAGCUCUCGCAAUGCUUUUACAAUGAUUGCAAGCCUAAUCUUAUACGGGAUCGCAUUUUUCGUCUUCAAUAAGAAAACUUCUAGCUCAAAGGUUGAUAUUACGAAUCAGUACCAAUUGAUGGCUUAUAUUUCAAUUCUCAUUGGAGCAGUCUUUGUGAUUAUAUUUCAGCUUGGAACUAAAGAGCCAAGUCUAAAACAAGAAUCUGAUGGGAAACGUGCUACAGCUUCUUGGACAUACUGGUUAAAGAAAGUCCUAUAUUACCAAGUACUUAGCAUCUAUGUGUUAACUAGAGUUGUGACUAACGUUUCACAGACCUUCUUAGCAGUUUACGUAAUCAAUGAUCUACGGAUGAGCCCAUCUUCGAAAGCCUUGAUUCCCGCCAUCAUCUACUUAUCCAGUUUCAUCGCGUCUGUCCUCCUCCAGGAGCUCAAAUGGAGUGGUGAACGGUUGAAGGCCUUCUUUUCCGCUGGGGGUCUCCUUUGGCUAUUUUGUGGAGCUGCAGUAAUUUUCCUCCCAAUAAACAUGAAUGCUUUUAUGUAUGUCUUGUCCGUACUUAUUGGCAUAGCAAAUGCCUUGAUGAUGAAAAAACAAAUUGAUCGUGAAUCGAUUGUGAGAUUAGCAUACUCAAUGUAUCCAUUGCUUCUUGCUGCAAAUUAAAGUAACAUCAAUAGGGAUGGAAAGCGAGCUAGUUGAUAAAAAUCUGGAUGGAUCUGCUUUUGUUUAUGGAUCAUUGGGCUUUGUUGACAAAGUUCUUUGUGGAGUUUUUUUGUACUUCCUCGAGUCAUAUGAGAGU